UGUUGCUAGCCACCUUAAAUAAAGUUUUGCUUUUUUAUAGUGGCAAGUGGAUGCUGCUUCUCAUUCACAAAACAUGGUGUGGCUCAUGCAAAGCCUUGAAGCCUAAACUUGCCGACUCCAAGGAGUUUGCAGAAAUGAGUAGACAUUUCGUGAUGGUUAACACGGAGGACGAGGAAGAACCAAAGGGAAGUCAGUUUGUAGUGGAUGGCGAGUACAUUCCCAGAGUCCUGUUCCUCAAUCCUGAAGGAAAAGUCAUCGAGGCAAUUUGGAACGAGGGAACAAAGCAUCCACAAGUCAAGUACUACUACAGCAGUGCUCAGGAAUUGAUAUCUGCCAUGAGGAGAGCUCUUAAAAUGAAGGAAACAGGAACACUAGAAAAACCAGAAGAGACGAAAGAAGAUCAGCAAAAGGAAGAGAAAGAGGAAAAGAAGGAAGAGAAAGAAAAAGAUCCCUGGUGGACUCCCAAAUUAUCAAGAGGUUUUGGUGAUCAUAUUAACUGGGUUUCGUACGAGAAAGGACUAAAGGAGGCAAAGGACAGUAACAAGAACAUGCUCUUGAUAAUACACAAAUCUUGGUGCAGCUCGUGUAAAGCCUUGAGACCUAAAUUGGCAAAGCACAAAGAAUUCGCUGAGCUCAGCAAGAAGUUCGUGAUGGUUAACACGGAGGACCAUGAUGAACCGAAAGGAGAACAGUUUGACGUGGAUGGCAAAUACGUGCCAAGGAUUUUCGUCUUAGAUUCUAACGGAAAGGUUCAGAAGGAUUUAUGGAACGAGGGAACUAAACAUACACAUGUAAAAUACUACUAUCAGGACGGAGAAGAAUUGGUGACAGUCAUGAAAAAGGCAUUGAAGAUCGAAGACAAACCCAAGGAAGUUUCUGAUAACGGAUGGGGUCAAGAUAUCAAAUGGACUUCAAUUGAGGAAGGUUUUGAAAAAGCGAAAGAAGGAAAGAAACCGGUAAUGCUUAUCAUCCACAAGUCAUGGUGUGGAGCUUGUAAAAAUUUGAAAAAGAAGUUUUCCAAGUCCAAUGAGAUUGCUGAAUUAAGUAAGCUGUUCGUCAUGGUCAACAUUGAGGAUGACGGUGGAAAAACAGCAGAGAAAUUUGACGUCGACGGCGCCUAUGCCCCGAGAAUCUACUUCUUAGAUCCUUUCACACGUGAGAUCAUGAAGGAAUUCUACAACACGGAUCCUUUGUUUAAAGAAUACAAGUAUGCUUAUGGAGAACCAAAAGAAAUUGUUGAAAUGAUGAAUAAAGUCCUCGGAAAAGAAAUGCACGAGGGGAUCGCUCCAGACAAAGGCUUUGGUGCUCAUAUCAAAUGGAUGAAACUCGACCACGCCCUCAAAGAAGCAAAGGCAAUUAACAAGCCUAUUAUGAUGGUGUUACAUAAAAGCUGGUGUCAAAUCAGUCAGGAUGUCAAACCCAAAAUUGCUGAGUCAAAAGAAAUUGCUGACCUCAGCAAACACUUUUUUAUGGUCAACCUUGAGGACGAUGAAAUACCAAAGGAUGGAAAAUACGACGUGGAUGGAUCAUAUGUUCCAAGAAUUGUUUUCCUCGAUUCCGAUGGCAAGUUAAAUAAAGAAAUCGACAACGAGGGAACUAGUCUUGACAAAACGAAGUUCUUCUACAAGACAGCUGAUGAAAUUGUCAAGUCUAUGAAGAAGCUUAUACCGGAACCAUCAACUUUAGACAGAGGGUUUGGUAAACACAUUAACUGGAUGACAAUGGAGAAAGGUCUUGAAGAGGCAAAGAAAAGUGAAACUCCUAUAAUGUUGAUUAUACACAAGUCUUGGUGUGGAGCAUGUAAAGCCUUGAAACCAGUCAUAGCAGAAUCAAAACAGAUUGCUGAGCUCAGCAAGAAAUUCGUAAUGAUAAAUGUGGAGGACGACGAGGAACCAAAAGAUGAUCAAUUUGUCGUCGAUGGAAAAUAUUUUCCUCGAGUCUUUUUCCUUAAUCACAAGGGAGAGGUCCAAAAAGAUAUUCACAAUAAUGACCUUGAAUUCAUCAAGUACAAGUACUUUUACAACGAUGACGAAGAGUUGAUACAUACAAUGAAAACAGCAGCGAGGAAACUCGUCAAGCCCCCACCGUCCAUAGAUAGAGGACUAGGCAAAGAAAUCAACUGGAUGAAGCUAGAAGAUGCUUAUGUUGAAGCAAAGAAGAGCUGGAGGCCAAUUUUUCUCUUUAUUCACAAAAGCUGGUGCAGUGCUUGUCAAGCUUUCAAGCCCAAAUUUGCUGCAUCCGAGAAGAUAAAGGAAGUCAGCAAAGAGUUAGUCAUGGUCAAUGUGGAGGAUGAAUUUGAUAACACCCAAAAGAAGUUUGACAUUGAUGGAGCAUAUUUCCCGAGAAUCUUAUUCAUGGAUCCUUUGGGUAACGUGAUAGAGAAAGUGACCAAUGCUGGAACAGUGUACAAAGAAAGUAAAUAUUACUACUGGGAACCACAAUCAGUUGUGAGGUCCAUGGACAAAGCAAUAGACAAGGUCAAAACUAUGACAAGACCAAAAGAGGAAUUAUAAUACUGAAGAAGAAUUCACGUUUUAAACAGUUUUAAUAAGGUUUCUUAGCUUUCCUAAACGUUCACAACUAUGCCUGAUUUUCGCGGAGAAUCUCAAUUUUCGUAAAUAAAUGACAGUUAAAACUUUUAAACCUC